UGGGGAGUAAAUAGAGACGAAUGAGAACAGUGCUUUUAAUUGUGUCUGUAACAGUUCUUAAAAAUGUGAAGUGAAUAAGGCAUACUAUGAUAAAUCUGAGCAACGGGCAAAUGGUUUCCAUUAUCCUCUUCUCCUUUCGGCAUACUUAAAUAUCUAACUGUAACAUUAGACUACUUGCUGGAGUGCUGCCGCCAGCUGAUGGGCAGCGCAGGACUGGUUGUCGUCACGGACCCCAUCAAAAGUUUAAGAUAUAUUGUUUACACCAAUAGAGUUCAUAAUAACUUCACGGCUUUAAGGCAGAUUCACCGGUCACUAGAGUUAUGACCUUAUGGCUUUAAAGCUAAAAGUUGCAAUAAUGCAAAAGCAUCAUAGUAAAUAGCAGCAUGAAAGGGCGUCCCCGAAUGCGGAGGCGGCGUCUUGGGGUGAGACAGGAUGCGGGCCAGACACUUCUCAGGGACUGCAAAGGGAUCAGCACGUCGAACUGAGGUCUGAAAGGGGCUGAAAGCUUCCGCGCCAAUCCGUGCGCAGCCCUCCCCGGGUUCAAGCACACCGGAAAUGGCAGCUCCCGCUGGGGGCGCUGCGGACCCGCGAGCCGAGGCUGCCUUCCAGGAAGCCAAAAAAAAAAAAAAAAAGGCGGGGUGGGGGGGAGAAAGAAAAAGGAAGGAUAGUGGCGAGCAGGGUUACGGCCGCCGCCCACACGCCGCGCCCCCGCCUCUUCGCCGGCCCGGCCGCCGCCCUCGGCCCCCGGCCGCUCCCCGGAGGCCCAGUCCUCGGAGCCCACGGCUGGCCGGACGCUGUCCGCUGGCGGGGUCCUCAGGGAUCAUGGCCCAAGUAGCAAUGUCUACCCUGCCUGUUGAAGAUGAGGAGUCCUCAGAGAGCAGGAUGGUGGUGACGUUCCUCGUGUCUGCCCUCGAGUCCAUGUGUAAGGAACUGGCCAAGUCUAAGGCAGAAGUGGCCUGCAUCGCAAUGUAUGAAACAGACGUCUUUGUCGUGGGAACUGAGAGAGGACGUGCAUUUAUUAAUGCCAGGACAGACUUGCAGAAGGACUUUGCAAAAUACUGUGUUGCCAAAGGGUCGCUUGAGAUGAAACCCCCAUGCCCUGCACACGAGGUGCAGAUAGAGUCAGGGGAAAAGGAAAUACUCAGAAAAGCAGUCGAAGACUAUUUCUGCUUUUGUUACGGUAAAGCCCUGGGGACGACAGCAAUGGUGCCUGUUCCGUAUGAGAAGAUGCUGAGAGACCAGGAGGCUGUGGUGGUAGAGGGGCUUCCAGAAGGAGUGGCUUUUCAACACCCUGAGAACUACGAUCUGGCCACCCUGAAAUGGAUUUUGGAGAACAAAGUGGGGAUUUCAUUCAUCAUAAACAGGUGGCAGGCUCGACCCCCUCAUACCAGGCAGCUCAUUUGCAGAUACACUGAUAGUUUAACUCAGGGUUUAUUAAUGAUGUCUUGCUACACUUUGCAGCUGGUUUUUCAGAUGUUUAAUCUUUCUCGUGUGUCCAUGUUGGUUUCUUGCAGACCUUUCCUAGGUCCCGCAAAUCAGCUCGGUGGGCCUGUGAUGGUUCCAGAUGCUGAGAGAUCAGCGACAUCACUGAAUGAAAGUUGUGGCCCUGUCAAUGUGAAAAGUGAACCCAUGGAAGAUUCUGGCAUUUCCAUGAAAGCAACAACUAUCUCAGUCAAGAAAGAAUCAGAAGAUUUUAACUACUGUCAAUAUAAUACACAAGAAAGCCAGCACUCAGCGAGCGGUGAAGUAAUAGACAUGGAAUUACCAAUGGAAGAUUCUACUCAGCUUGUCCCUUCAGAACCGAGUGAGGACCCCGAAGCUGAGGCAAAAACUGAAGGAAGCAGAAAUUCACCCCAUGUUACUGCAGUAGGUGUUGAUGAUCUUAACAUCGUUCAGGUAACAAUUCCAGAUAAUGAGAAGGAAAGAUUAUCAAGCAUUGAAAAGAUAAAACAACUGAGAGAACAAGUCAACGACCUCUUUAGCAGAAAGUUUGGCGAAGCAAUUGGAGUGGAUUUCCCUGUGAAAGUUCCUUACAGGAAAAUCACAUUCAACCCUGGCUGUGUGGUCAUUGAUGGCAUGCCCCCAGGGGUGGUAUUCAAAGCCCCCGGUUACCUGGAAAUCAGCUCCAUGAGAAGGAUCUUGGACGCCGCAGAAUUUAUCAAAUUCACAGUCAUUAGACCGCUUCCAGGCCUUGAGCUCAGCAAUGUGGGAAAAAGAAAGAUAGACCAAGAGGGCCGUGUAUUUCAAGAAAAGUGGGAGAGAGCAUAUUUCUUCGUGGAAGUGCAGAAUAUUCCUACAUGUUUAAUAUGCAAGCAGAGCAUGUCUGUGUCAAAAGAAUAUAAUCUGCGACGCCAUUAUCAAACCAACCACAGUAAACACUAUGACCAGUACACCGAGAAGAUGCGUGACGAGAAGCUUCAAGAGCUGAAAAAAGGACUCAGGAAGUACCUCUUAGGGUCAUCAGGAAUUGUGUGUCCUGAGCAAAAACCAGUGUUUGCAAAUGCGAGUCCAAAUGAAAAUGCUGCUGUGCAGCCUGUAGAAGAUGUGGCUGGGAACUUAUGGGAGAAAUUACGUGAAAAAAUCAGAUCAUUUGUGGCGUAUUCUAUUGCAAUCGAUGAGAUCACAGAUAUAAAUAAUACCACCCAGUUGGCCAUCUUCAUCCGGGGUGUCGAUGAGAAUUUUGAUGUGUCAGAAGAACUUUUGGAUACAGUGCCCAUGACAGGUACCAAAUCUGGAAAUGAGGUGUUUUUGCGUGUUGAGAAAAGCCUUAAAAAGUUUACUAUUGACUGGUCAAAAUUAGUAAGUGUGGCCUCGACUGGCACCCCUGCAAUGGUAGAUGCAAAGGACGGACUUGUUACAAAACUGAAGGCCAAGGUGGCACUGGCUUGCAAGGGCUCAGAUCUGAAGUCCGUUUGUUGCAUCAUUCACCCGGAGUCACUUUGCACUCAAAAGUUAAAGAUGGACCACGUCAUGAAUGUGGUCAUUAACUCUGUGAACUGGAUAUGCUCCCGUGGACUGAACCACAGUGAGUUCACAACUCUGCUUUAUGAACUGGACAGCCAGUAUGGCAGCCUUCUGUACUACACAGAGAUCAAGUGGCUCAGUCGUGGGCUGGUGCUGAAGAGAUUUUUUGAAUCGUUGGAAGAAAUUGAUUCCUUCAUGUCAUCCAGAGGAAAGCCCCUUCCUCAACUGAGCUCUCAAGAUUGGAUCAAGGACUUGGCCUUCCUCGUGGACAUGACAAUGCAUCUCAACACUUUGAACAUCUCUCUUCAAGGUCAUUCACAAAUCGUUACGCAAAUGUACGACUUGAUUCGGGCCUUCCUAGCCAAACUGUGCCUUUGGGAGACUCACUUGGCCAGGAAUAAUCUGGCCCACUUCCCCACGCUGAAAUCAGUUUCCAGAAAUGAAAGUGAUGGCCUGAUAUACAUUCCCAAAAUUGCAGAAUUAAAGACUGAAUUCCAGAAGAGGUUGUCCGAUUUCAAACUCUAUGAAAGCGAACUGACCCUGUUCAGCUCUCCUUUCUCCAUGAAGAUCGAGAGUGUACAGGAAGCACUUCAGAUGGAGGUUAUUGAUCUGCAGUGCAACACGGUACUGAAGACUAAAUACGACAAGGUCGGAAUCCCAGAAUUCUAUAAGUACCUCUGGAGCAGCUACCCGAAAUACAGACACCACUGUGCAAAGAUGCUCUCCAUGUUUGGGAGCACCUACAUUUGUGAACAGCUGUUUUCCAUUAUGAAACUGAGUAAAACUAAAUACUGUUCCCAGUUAAAGGACUCCCAGUGGGAUUCCGUGCUUCACAUUGGGACCUGAGUGAGACCAGCCAUGCCCAUUGGGCAUAAGACCAGACCCCUCCAGGCCCCAGGGAUUGUGAGACAAGAAAACGAAUUCUUAAACAUUUCUGUGUUUCAGUUUUUUCCACUGUGACUCAGAAAUAUACUUUACAGUAUCACACCUGUUUGUAUGACGUUUUAUGCUUCACUGUAGUCCAGUAAAAAUCAAGAAACUUUUAUCGUA